AUGUCGCUGGCCCAUCUAUUGUAUCUUUGCAACCUCUUUGGCUCCGACGAACACUCAGACUGCACCGUCUGUUUCAGCAUUGAGCUCGAUGGAACCCCUGCUGCUAAACGGCCUCGUACUCGGAAGAGCACCGCACAGAACCUGGUCGACGCCGGGCGCAAGCGAAUUGAAGACCUCCCGGCGCAUCUCCUCGUGCUGUGCGGUGGCUCAGAAUACUUUUCCGCGCUCUAUCGUACAUGGCGUCAGGAGCAACCCCACCCCUGCCCUCCUCACCACAAGCCCCUUACCACUGCAGAAACUGCCUCCAGUCGGGGGCCGUUAGAGCUGCCUGUCGCCAUCAGUAGCGUCAGCGAGCUCCCCCAUGUCCGCGCCGCGAUCCGCUUCAUCUACACGGGCAAACUCCCCCACGGCGCCGUUGCGACGGACCUCCUCCAAAUCCGCCUUCAGGCGACGCGCCUCAAGAUCACCGGCUGUGUGGAAAAUAUCGACGCAGCCAUUGCUGUCCGUGUCACCUCGGCAGCUGGCGUCAUGGAGCUCUACAACUGCCGGCACCUGCUGCCCCGCGCUGAGGAGGCCCCGCAGUCCAUUGCCGAAAUCCUGAUGGCCUGCCGGAAACAGCUGAACUGCAAUUGCAGCGAGUACCUCUCAACUUUGCAAUCCACGGCGCUUGGGGAGCUGUUGGUCUGGCUGUUCCCGGAUGCCCCGUCCGUCCUGAGCAAUCCUGACGUUCGGAAGCAGAUGGAGGCGCUGCCGGGGCAGGCAAUGGAGGCCCUCCUCCGUGCCGAUACCUUCGCCACAGACGACGAGGCUACCGUGUUGCUGAUGCUGGCGUACUGGCUGGCUGCCAAUACGGACCCUAAGAUGACCAAUGAGACACGGUUGCGACUGUGUCGGUUGGUGCGUCUCAGUCAUCUGAACACGGCCUACCUCCAUGGCUUGCUGCCCAAGAUCCCAUGGCUCCCAAUCUCCCGGCAAGAGCAUAUGUUUUUGUGCCAGUAUGUUGCAGAGACGGAUAGCUGCCGCCGGAUGUCGCUGCUGGCGGCGGCGGCGGGUAAGCACGACUGCAAGUGCCCGUGGUAUGCGGCACCCCCGCGGCCGCAGGCGCGCGCCGACGUAGGCCAUCCCUACGAGUGGACGAUCAAGGAGGAGGACCUCGCGGCCUAUGUGGAUAUGGCUACGAUCAAGAUUCCGGGCGGCCUAUCCGGGUCUUUUGCCAAUGGCGCGUCGCGGCUUGUGGCGCAGGGCUUUGAGUGGUAUCCAGGCGCUCUGUGGUUUAACUCGAACGGCGUGCCUGAGGUCGCACUGAGCUGCGCUGUACCGGCCCCAUUCGCCGUCCUCACGACCGCAAAUGAUGUGGUUGGAGUGGCUAGUGUCCACGCACAGGUGGCGGUUUUCCGUUGGAAGAAAGUUGCUCAGAAACAGAAUAACUGCAACCGUCUGUAUACAAGAGGCAGCGCCGCGGUACCCACGGCAGCGGCAGCGCCGCCACGGCGAGAGGUGGCUAGCAGCAAGAUGUACGGCAGUGCUGACGUGGUGAGCAUUACAAGUGGGCAGGCCGGGGGUUCCAGCUGGCGUUUGACUGUGUUUGGCAAGGGAGUCGAAAAGGCACCGGGGGCGUCGGCACGAUUAAUGCAGGAGCUGGCGCCGUACUUUUACGACCGCAAGCUAAGUGGUUCUGUCACAUUCUUGGCGCGUUGUUGA